GACGUAUAAUUCACGCGACUCCGGCGGCAGAGGGAAAUUUUACCCAUGGUCAUAGUUCAACAUAAAAAUAUAAAUGUUAAACGCUAGCGCGUGUGUGGUUAUAUUAGAAUUCAAUCCGAAAUGUUACCUUCGUCUUUUCGUCUGCGUGUUUAAUUUCCGACGCCUGUUUCUCGGCUGCCUUGCAGAUAACAAGCUUAUGUUUUCAGUAAGGGAGCUAUUCGAUGUUUUGACAUGACUCUACCGGCUUUGCACAACACCAGCGUGCUUUACAGGAGGAUUUUGUCACAUUUCCCCCAGGAUAUUAGUCUAGCUUUUGCCUACGGAUCUGGCGUUUUCAAACAACAUGGGACCAACCAAGGUCAAAUGGAGAAAAACAUGCUGGACUUUGUGUUUGCGGUGGAUGACCCAGUCACCUGGCACACCUUGAAUCUUCUGCAGAACCGUAAACAUUACUCCAUCCUUAAACUACUUGGACCUUCAAUGAUCAGCUCCAUACAGAGUGAACAUGGAGCUGCUGUAUACUACAACACGCUGGUGCCAGUGGAUGGGAAGAUCAUCAAGUAUGGUGUGAUAAGUACAGAGUCUCUGAUUGAUGACCUCAUGCACUGGAAAACCAUGUAUGUUGCAGGACGUCUUCACAAACCAGUGAAGAUGCUGUUGCAGAGCGAGAAUGGAAAGCUACGUGCCGCUCUUGUGGCUAACCUAAAGAGUGCUGUGACAGCCUCCUUUCUUAUGCUGCCUGAGAGUUUCAGCGAGGAGGAGCUUUUCCUGCAGAUAGCUGGUCUUUCUUAUGCUGGUGAUUUCAGGAUGGUGAUUGGAGAGGAUAAAUCCAAGGUGAACAACAUCGUCAAAGACAACAUUGAGCGAUUCCGGAUUCUGUAUAGUAACAUCUUACGUGACUGUCCGCAAGUGGUCUACAAACCCCAACAAGGAAAACUGGAGGUAGACAAAAGCCCAGAGGGCCAGUUCACCCAGUUGAUGGCGUUGCCUCGCACCUUGCAGCAAAGGAUCACCAAGCUGGUUGAUCCUCCAGGGAAGAACCGAGACGUGGAGGAGAUCCUUCUGCAAGUGGCUCAGGACCCUGACUGUGGAACUGUUGUACAGCAAGGUAUCUCCUCUAUUGUGAAAUCCUCCAGUAUAACACAAAGUAUCAAAGGCAUUGCGACAGCUGGCUUGUGGAAGACUGUGUCCUAUAGCUCCAAAAAACUGCUCAAGAUGUGGAUGGGCUGGAGGAGGAAACCGUCCGUUUCACAGACAUCCUGAUCCAAGAAAAAAAAAAGCCAUAAUGCCUAAGUCAGGGGUCGGCAACCUUUAGCAUCAAAAGAGCCAUUUUUCCACCUUUUUUCUCAUGCAGUGAGACUCACUGCAUACACUAGCCUACCUCACUUUCCCUUGCUCAUCCAAUCAGCAGUCAGAGCGCAGUCUAGAUGCAUUCAUGGAUUUUCGGUCAGUCAGAUAUUUCUCUUUAUUUUUGAAAAUGCACAAUUCCCCUACUUUGGUGUUAAAAAAAUCACAGAGCUCGGCGAAGGGAGCCACAACAAGGAGGCUGAAGAGCUGCAUGCGGAGCUGCGAGUUGCCAACCCCUGCCCUAAGUCAUUGUUAUGGGACAUUGAAAUUGAAGAUAUCAUCAUAAUAUAUGACUCAGAAGAUCAAUAUUUUGAUGUAUUUAUGAUGUCAGCUUUUUUCAGCUAUUCUGCAAGGUAGUUACUUUCUUGCACACCUAAAACAACAAUAAAGUAUGUUUAUUCGCA